GCUGCUAUUGGCUGUCAGCCCCCACGGUGGUGAGAUAGCAGUACGUUGCAGCGUCACCGGGGCCUGUAUCCGGCUGGAGCCUCGGUCUGGGAGGGUGAUGGAGCCCGGUGGGGCUUGUGGGACGAGGAGCUGGACUAGGAGAGGCCGGGGCCGUAGCCUCCGGGAGACUCGGGAGUGUGAAAUAAUCUGCGGAGGUUUCUAAUCCGAACCCGACCCAAAAACCGUCCUCGGGUGUCUCUGGGUGACUUCUUCUCGUGUGAGGCCGGUGCAGCCGGAACCAAGAGACCCCAUGUUGCCUGAUAGCAGGAAGAGAGGGAGAGGCAAUGACGUCUCCCAGCUCCCACAGUCAAAAAGGAGCAACCGGAGUCCCACCUUGCAGGACUGGGAGGCGGAGGCCGAGUCUUUAGGGAGCGACAGCAGCAACAGUAACUUCAGCCUGGACAGAAGCAGCGGCUCGGACAACCUGCAGACUUUGGGCAGCUCAGGCCCCGCCACCCCUCAGCCGGUGUCCGCCCCGGAGCAGUCCGCUCUCAAUCAGGGACCCUACGUGCACAUCAAUCAGAUCCUGAAGGAGGCGCACUUCGCCAGUUUACAGCAGCGCGGCUGCCCCUCCUCCUGACCUGCCCCGCAUCACUCUCCGAGGG